AUGGGUAAUUGUUUUGUUUCUAAAGCUAAGGGCAAAACAGAAAAGUAGUCUACAGUAGAUGGCGAAAAUGAUGCAUAAAAUGAAAAUAAUCAAAAUAAAGAUUAAUAAAAUAAAGAAGCUGAAGAAUUUAAGAAAGCGCCAAAGACUGAUGUUUCUGAAACGCCUUAAAAGGAUUUAGGAGGGCAAGCUAAUCCUAAUGAAAAUAAAAAAAAGGAAGAAUAUCCUAAAGAAGAUCCUGAAGAAAAAAAGAAUAUAGAAAAUUAAAGAAGCUCGUUGAAAGAGUUUUAAGGUUUACAAAAUAAUGGAAUUUAGUUAAAAGUCGAUGAUAAAGAUGAAUCUAGUAUGAAUCAUAUGUCAAAUAGACAAAUAGAUACUUAUGAUUUAGAAUCGCGCAUGGAUUCUGAGCAAUAUAGAUUGCGCAAGCGUUUUGGUAACAAAAAAGUCAAAAAGGUUAGAGCAGAAACAGUUGAUGAUAAGAUUGUUAUAAGCGAAAAGAUUACUUAGAGAUAAAGGCAAAUGACUCCUGCCGAUUAGCAAUUUAUUAUAAAAUCGUUGGGGAAACACUUUGUUUUUUCUUUGCUUAAUGAGGUGAAUAGGGAUAAAGUUAUAGGCAAAAUGUUUUAUUGCGAAAACUCAGAAGAAUAUAUAUUUAAGCAAGGCGAUGCAGCAUCUACUUAUUUUAUUAUUGAGAAAGGUGAAUGCUUUGUAGAAAUAAAUGGCGAAGUAAAGAAAAAGCUUAAUAUGGGUGAUGCUUUUGGUGAGCUUGCACUUCUGUAUGGAGCUCCUAGAAGUGCUUCCGUCAAGGCUGAUGGAAUCUGUGGUCUUUGGGGUAUUGAUAGAAGCACAUUUAGGAAGGCCGUUGAGGAGAUAGUGAGAACUGAAUUUGAAGAAAAUAGAAAUUUUAUUGAAAAAGUAAAAUUCUUCACUACAAUGACAACUGCUCAAAAAGAUGCCAUUACUAACGUUCUAAUUACUCAAGUAUUUAAAAAAGGAGAUUGUAUAGUAAACGAAGGCGAUAUGGCCUCAUCUUAUUACAUCAUUAAAAAAGGAAAAGUUGGAAUUUUUUAGGGCAAUAAUGAAAAACCAAUUCGUACAAUGGGACCAGAAGAUUCUUUUGGAGAACAAGCUUUAUACGAAAAUUCUAAAAGAGGAGCUACAGUAAAGGCUUUAGAUGAUGAAGUUAGGUGCAUUGCAUUAGGUAGAGAUACAAUAUAAAAAGUUCUUGGAGAUAAAAUAUAAGUAGUCAUGUAUAACAAUGUUAUGAGAUGGGCAUUUGAAAAAAAUAAUAUCUUAGCUAGGUUUACAAAAAUAUAAAUUGAGAAGAUAAUAAAUGCUUCUUCACAAAUUUAGUAUAAAAAGGGUGAUCUUAUCUUUAAAAAAGAGUAGCCUUGCAAAAAGCUAAUUUUCGUACUUGAAAGUUGUUUGGUCAAUAAAAGCAAUCAGAAAAAAGUUGUUGAUAAAGGUCAUGCUUUCGGUGAAUAGUGGCUAUUUGAAUAAAAUAAAAAUAAAGUGCUUGACGAUGACUUAAUUAUGGAAGAUAAAGGUUUGUUGGGAGAAAUCAGUCACGAAUAAUUAGUCGAAUGCAUAGGAGGACCAAUAGAAGCUAUUUUAAAGAAAAAUUUACAAUCUCACGAAGUAAGAUACAUGAAAAAAUACGAUGCAUCAUCAAAUUCAAAGUAUGCCGAAUUAAAGCUUGAAGAAAUGAUUUACAUAAAAAAACUAGGUUUUGGAUAGUUUGGUAGUGUUUACUUGGUUAAAAACAAGCAUGAUAGCUAAUUUUAUGCUUUAAAGGUUAUUUAGAAAGCUUAGGUCAUACAACAAAAUUUAGAAAAGCACUUGAUAUAAGAGAAAAAAGUAUUAGAAGUUGCUUAAUUCCCUUUUAUGAUGAAAUUUAUCAAAACUUUUAAAGAUAAUUAAAAUGUCUAUUUUCUUCUUGAGUACGUGAAGGGUAUGGAGCUUUUCGAUGUUAUCAGAGAAAUAGGAUUGCUAAAUACAUAUGAUUCUUAAUUUUAUAUUGCGUCUUUAUUGCUAAAUAUUGAGUAUUUGCAUACGAAUUCUAUCAUUUACAGAGAUAUAAAACCAGAGAAUAUUAUAAUUGAUUACAAGGGAUAUAUGAAAUUAAUAGAUAUGGGUACUGCUAAAUUCUUGAAGGGAUCAAGCGGAAAGACAUUCACAAUUAUUGGAACCCCUCAUUAUAUGGCGCCUGAAAUCUUGACAGGAGCUGGUUAUACUUAUAGUGUGGAUCUGUGGUCAAUAGGUAUAUGCUUAUAUGAAUUUAUGUGCGGUGGUGUUCCAUUUGCUGAAGAUGUUGAAGAUCCUUAUGAAAUAUAUGAAGAUAUUAUCCAUAAAAAUCUUGAUUUUCCAAGUUUCUUGAAAGAUAAGCUCGCUAAAAAUAUAAUGAAUCAGCUUCUAAACAAGUAACCUUAAUUGAGAUUAGGAGGGUCCUUUGCCGCUCUUAAAGCUAAUUAAUGGUUUACUACUUUUGAUUGGGAUAAAUUAAUUGAUAGAGAAUUAAAAGCUCCAUAUAUUCCUCCAAAAGAUAAAUUAAUUUCAGAUUAAGAAAUUAUGAAAAUGGAAAAUGCUGCCAAAUCUGUAAUCUAAGAAAUCAAAGUAAAUUUAAAUUUUAUUGAUUCCAAAAUUAACACAAACUUAAACACAAUCAGAUUGAGCAAGGAAAUGUAAAAUACGAUAAAGAUAAAGCUAAAGACCCUGAAUGGGAUAGAGAUUUCUGAAGAAGUAAAUCAAAGCAUAAACUCGAAAAAAUUAACAGAUUUUUUAACAUCAACCAACCUAUUUGGCAAAUAAUUACAGAAAUAAAAUAAAACCAUAGGCAAAAACAAAUAUAAAAUAUAAUAACACCACAUAUACAUACAUAUAAAUAAUAGAUAGAUAGAUAAAAGUAAUCUUAAUUUCAUUUAUUCUCAAUUUAUAAAUAAUAAACAAAUAAAUUAAUAUAAACACAAACCAUCACCAUCUAAAAAUAACACAUAAAACACUCACUAACCAAAUAACUCACUAACUAACUAUUUAUCUAUAAAAAAAUAUUUUAGAUGA